AUGGCAAAAAAUAGUUUGCGUGAUAGAGUAGAUGGCAAUGAACUUGACCUUAGUCUAAGUAACUUGUCUGUGGUUCCAGUGAAAGAAAUAGCAGCUUUGAAGAAGGCAAACCACUUAGACUUAUCUUGUAAUCAGUUGAAAGCUUUAAAUGACAUAUUUUCCACAUCUUUAACACAUCUGGUAAAAAUUGAUUUAAGUAAAAAUCAGCUCACAUCAUUACCACAUAAUUUUGGAAGUUUAAAAAACCUUCAACAUUUAGAUGUCCUUGGUAACCAAUUAACAACAUUACCAGUCAGUUUCUGUCAGCUAAUAAAGUUAAAAUGGUUAGACUUAAAAGACAACCCCAUUGAAGAACCAUUAAAGACUGUGGCAGGAAAUUGUUUAAAUGAUGCAGAAUGCAAGAAAUGUGCUCAAAAGGUGAGGAAGUGUAAAUGUUUUAUGUUGUCGGGUGUGUAA